ACUGCGUCUGACCCCUGACCCCUGACCCCAGGGUUGGAGAUGCUGGUGACCGGAUUGUGCGGCCGCUUCGGCCUCAGGGCGACCCGGGCCCGGGCCUGGGCCUGGAGCUGGGUUUGGGACGGAGGCCGGGCUAACGCGCUAAGUCAUUCUUGGAAACAAUGGGGAGUGAGAAAGGGAAUAAGUUCUGUUGUUACAAAAGUAUCAGCGCAGUCCAGGACAGACCGUGUACCCAGUGUCAUCACUGACCGAAUCCUGGGCAAAUGGAUGAUUGUUUGCAGUGGAAUGGUUGUGGGCGCUGUGGUCCUUGGUGGAGUAACCAGGCUGACCGAGUCUGGUUUAUCGAUGGUGGACUGGCACCUCAUCAAGGAGAUGAAACCCCCAAAGACUCAAGGGGAGUGGGAAGCUGAGUUUCAAAAGUACCAGCAGUUCCCAGAAUUUAAAAUAUUAAAUCAUGACAUGACUUUAAACGAGUUCAAGUUCAUCUGGUACAUGGAAUAUUCCCACCGGAUGUGGGGCCGUGCAGUGGGACUGGCCUAUAUACUGCCUGCCAUUUACUUUUGGAGGAAGGGCUGGUUCUCCAGGAGCUUGAAGCUGCGGGUGGCAGGCCUUUGUGGAUUUGUGUGCUUUCAGGGUUUGCUAGGUUGGUACAUGGUGAAGAGUGGUUUGGAGGAGAAGAAGGAUUCACAUGACAUUCCCCGGGUCAGCCAGUAUCGCCUGGCUGCUCAUCUUGGAUCUGCACUGUUACUCUACUGUGCCAGCCUGUGGACUGGUCUGUCCCUGCUCCUACCCCCGAACCAGAUACCUAACACUAGUCGGAUGAUGCUGUUGAGGAGAUUUGCUCGUGGAACUGGGGGCUUAGUGUUUGUUACAGCACUGUCAGGUGCUUUUGUUGCUGGGCUGGAUGCUGGGCUUGUCUAUAAUUCUUUCCCCAAGAUGGGAGAGCGUUGGUUGCCUGAUGACCUCUUGGCCUUUUCCCCAGCUCUCCGAAACUUCUUUGAGAAUCCAACUACCGUUCAGUUUGACCACAGAAUCUUGGGUAUCGCCUCAGUGACAGCAGUGACCAUUCUCUACACGCUUUCCCGCAGGAUAGCUAUGCCACGGAGGACAAAAGUGGCAAUAUCAUCUUUAUUGGCAAUGGUUUACAUGCAGGCUGCUCUGGGAAUCACUACCCUGCUCCUGUAUGUCCCAACUCCUCUGGCUGUUACACACCAGUCAGGAUCCCUGGUGCUGCUCAGCCUGGCACUCUGGUUGAUUCAUGAGCUGCGCAGGAUUCCAAAGUGAAGAAAGAAGCGAGCUGAGCCUGGUCCCUACCAGCACACCAGAUCCGAUUAGAAAUUCCUACAGCAAUGUUCAUGCACUUUGUUCUACAAAGUUUAUUUUCAAUGCCAAUGAUGGUUUGAAUUGUUUAUUUUAUACUCAAAUAUUGAGGAAUGGGUCUGGUAUUUGUCUGAGAUUUUCAUGUACACAGUGUUGGUUUGAUUGAGAGGCUGGUCAUUAUUUUCCCUGGUGGAUAUUAACAGUGUAAUUAUUUCAAGUCUCAUCCCUGACAGUUAUUCCCUUUACUUUUAAAUCCUUUCUGUAAUGAAAUACCCAAACUGUAUGAAGUACUCCAGCUACAUACUUAAAUAUGGUCCAUCUUCCUGGGUUUUGUAUUCUGUGCUUCAAGGGUGAACCUGGUUGGUGGGGUGUGGAGGAGAGAGAAGAUAUUAUUGCUGUUGUCUCUUUAUUGUCAAACCGUUAACCAACACACUUGUGUGAACUACUCAGUUGACCAGAAAUAAUAUGGAUGUGUGUUGCUGAACUAAUUAAUUUUAACCUAGGUAAUGUUAGUUACUAUUGAUUGGGCAUAAGCUUUAAUUAUUUGUACUGUAUCAGUACACAAUGACGAGCCUUACCUAUUUAAAUAUCAAUGCUUUCAAUCCAACCCAAACUGCUUCAUCAGCCCUCACUGCUGGUGACCUGUUCCCACCAGUAAAACACCCAGAUAUUAUGCAACCCAUCUGCAGACAAAAUGUAACUUAAUUACUAUGCACAGUUUUAGAAAUGUCAUACACCACAUUUUACAGAAAUCCAAGUCAUCUGAGGGUUAAUCAACCAGAAAUCAAUCACUCCAGUGCUGUUUGCAGAUGUUUCUUGUAUAUUAUGAAUAACCUAACAUUUCAAAAUCAAUAUUUCUUUCUGAAUUAAAAUUUUCUGUCCUGUA